AUGGUUCUUCCCUCUCUCUUUGCUAAAUCGUCAAAAAAAUACAGGCCCACACAGCAGUCCAGCUCCGACAUCCCUCCCGCUUCACCCGACAAGCAGUCACAUUCAAAGGUCAAGGACAGGGAACGCUCCUCCCGCCGCUCCAGUUCCUACUCGUCGAAGCGUUCGUCCAAAUACGACCGUGACUCGCACCCGCUGAAUCUGCCGCCUGAGGAGCGUCAGCGUCUCUUUGUCCAAAUGUCCGCUGCCAUGGACCAGCCCACGCCCCAGCCCAUGGACCUGGACAGGGAACACUCGUCCUCUCCCGCACCCCAGAGCCCCGCGGUAGACGCCCCAAAGACAAAUGGCACCAACGGUGUACCUGAUGGGCCGGCUCCCCCACCACACAGAUAUACAAAGAGCCCGCCGCCACCCACCGCCAACUAUGCAGCCACCCCUGAGGCCGCCACACCACCCGCUCAGCCACCGACAAUCGAUGCUGAGGAGUACAAGGCCGCGGGCAACAAGUUCUUCAAGAUCAAAGACUACCCCAGGGCAAUCGAGGAAUACUCCAAAGCCAUCGAGGCCGACCCCAAGAAUGCUACCUAUUAUUCCAACCGCGCUGCCGCCUACAUUUCUGCGAACCGCUUCUACGAGGCCAUGGAGGACUGCAAGAUGGCAGACGAGCUCGACCCCAACAACAUGAAGAUUCUGCUGCGACUAGGUCGAGUGUACACCAGCUUGGGCCGGCCAGAUGAGGCUCUGCAGGUGUACGAUUCGAUUGGUGCCUCUACCAAGGACAAACAGCCUGCGCUGACCAUGCAGAAGCAUCUACGCAUGGCAGAGGAGACUUCACGGAACGAAGGCUCAGGUUCCAUGGUUAUAUAUGCUCUCAACGAGGCUGAGAAGGGCCUCGGUGCUGGCGUGGACAAACCAAGAAAGUGGCAGCUGAUGCGGGGAGAAGCACACUUGCGGAUGAACAACCUUAAUGCGCUGGGAGAGGCACAGAACGUUGUCAUGUCUCUGCUACGAUACAACAACCAAGACCCAGAUGCCCUGGUGCUUCGUGGCCGUAUUCUCUACGCGCAGGGUGAGAAUGAAAAGGCAUUACAGCAUUUUCGACAGGCACUGAACUGCGAUCCUGACUUCAAGGCUGCAGUCAAGUACCUGCGGAUGGUGCAAAAGUUGGAUCGCAUGAAGUCAGAAGGCAACGCUGCAUUCAAGUCUGGCAGAUAUCAGGAGGCCAUUGAUAUCUAUUCACAAGCGCUCCAAGUUGACCCUGCAAACAAGAACACGAACUCAAAAAUUCUGCAGAACCGAGCCCUCUGCCACACUCGGCAAAAGAGCUGGAGGCAGGCAAUCGCCGACUGCGAGAAAGCACUUGAAUUGGAUCCAGGCUACACAAAGGCACGGAAGACCAAGGCGAAGGCUUUGGGUGAGAGCGGAAACUGGGAGGAGGCGUUGCGCGAUCUCAAGGCUAUCGCCGAAGAAAACCCGUCGGAGCCGGGCAUUGCCAAAGAGAUUCGCGAUGCAGAGAUGGAGCUCAAGAAGAGCAAGAGGAAAGACUACUACAAGAUUCUCGGUAUCCAAAAAGACGCAACUGAGACUGAAGUCAAGAAGGCCUACCGAAAGUUGGCCAUCAUCCACCACCCCGACAAGAACCCUGAUGAUGCCGAUGCUGCAGACAGGUUCAAGGAAAUUCAAGAAGCACACGAGACCCUGAGCGACCCGCAGAAGCGUGAGAGAUACGAUUCCGGCGCCGACCUUGUUGACCCCAACGACAUGUUUGGUGGCGGUGGCAUGGGAGGAGGCAUGGGUGGUGGUAUCGAUCCAGAAAUUCUCAUGCAAAUGUUUGGCGGCAUGGGAGGAGGUAUGGGAGGCGGCCGAGGCGGUGGAGGAGGCUUCCACUUCAGCUCCGGCGGUGGCAGUCCUUUUGGUGGCAUGGGCGGCAUGCCUGGUGGCGGCCGAAGCAGGGGACCACCCGGUGGUUUCCCUUUCUAA